AUGCCAACAUUAGAUAGAAUAUGUUUUCAUUGUGGUACAAUAAUCAAUGAUCCAUUUUAUUUAAUGGUUGUUAAUCAUAGUUGGCAUUUAUCUUGUCUUAAAUGUUCUGAUUGUGGAAUUUUACUUGAACAUGAACAAACAUGUUUUGCUAAAGAUGGACAAAUUGUUUGUAAAAAUGAUUAUAAUAAAAAAUAUUGUUCACAUAUUUGUACACGAUGUAAUCGAACUAUUCAACAAGAUGAAAUUAUUCUUCGUGCCGAACAAUUCAUAUUUCAUUUAGAAUGUUUUACAUGUAAUAUUUGUCAUAUACUUCUUCAUCCAGGUGAUGAAUUUGGUCUAAGAGAAAAUUCUAUUUAUUGUCGAAAUCAUUUUUUCGAACAAAAUUCUUGUAUAAUACAUGAUGAUUCAGGUUAUAAUACAUCACCCAAUGAAAUACGUAAAUUAAAUAAUGAUGAAGAAUAUGAAAUUCUUUCGCCAACAUUAAUUUCUUCAUCUUAUUUUAUUGAAACAAAUAAUAAUAAAUCUCAUCAUAGCAAACAAAAACGUCUUCGAACAAGUUUUAAACAUAAUCAAUUACGUUUUAUGAGAUCAUAUUUUAAUUUAAAUCAUAAUCCAGAUGCAAAAGAUUUAAAAAAUCUUUCGGAAAAAACAGAUUUACCUAAACGUGUUCUACAAGUUUGGUUUCAAAAUGCUCGUGCAAAAUAUCGUCGAAGUAGUGUAUUAUCCCGAGAUGAUAAAUUAUAUCUAUCAUCACCAAGCAAUUUCAACGAAUUAGAAAAUUGUAUUUUAUCAUCAUAA